AUGUCUACCUCCACCUCCCCGCCGGAACAGCUCAAAGAUGAGAUCAAGGUCGUGGAAAAGAAGGCUGUGAACCAGACCAUUGUCCAGCUGCGCUCACUCGCAGCUGGUGCAGCUGGUGGUCUCUGUGCAGUCAUUGUUGGCCACCCCUUCGACUUGGUCAAAGUCCGUCUGCAAACUGCGGAGAAGGGCAUUUACUCCGGUGCCAUGGAUGUCGUGCGAAGAACCGUUGCCCGUGAAGGAUUGGCUCGGGGUCUAUAUGCGGGAGUAUCUGCGCCCCUUGUGGGUGUAACUCCAAUGUUUGCCGUGAGCUUCUGGGGUUAUGACGUGGGAAAGACCCUUGUAAACAAAUUUUCCGAGGUUCCAGUGAAGAACAAUACUCCCCAGUAUUCGAUUGCACAGAUUUCCGCGGCUGGUUUCUUCUCCGCAAUCCCGAUGACCUUGAUUACAGCGCCCUUCGAGCGAGUCAAGGUUCUUUUACAAAUCCAGGGUCAAAACCCACCACCCCCUGGUGAGAAGCCCAAGUACUCCGGUGGCAUGGAUGUCGUGCGUCAGCUCUACAAGGAAGGUGGUGUGCGCAGCGUGUUUCGAGGCAGCGCAAUGACCUUGGCCCGUGACGGUCCUGGUUCAGCCGCGUACUUCGCCGCGUACGAAUAUAUCAAGCGUUCGCUCACUCCCAAGGAUGCGGAGGGUAAUGUCACUGGUGACUUGUCCCUAUCUGCUGUUGUCGCUGCUGGUGGUGCCGCCGGUAUUGCUAUGUGGAUCCCAGUCUUCCCCGUUGAUACCAUCAAGUCCCGACUGCAAAGCGCUCCUGGCAAGCCAACUAUUGGAGGAACAAUCAGCAAAGUGUAUGCUAGUGGCGGCUUGAAGGCUUUCUUCCCUGGAUUCGGACCAGCCCUGGCCCGUGCCGUCCCGGCCAAUGCAGCUACCUUCUUGGGUGUGGAGCUUGCCCACAAAUUCAUGAAGAAGAUGUUCGAUGAAUAA